ACACGGGCCUUUUAAAAGCAGACACUCUCUCACUCUCCCUUUAACCACUUCCAUAUUUGCUCUUGAAGCCCCUAAAGCUGAAACCUUGGACUGCACUUUCGAUCUUGGGAUGGCAUUAGUCUGUGGAGAAAGAUCAACUCUGAAUCCCAAUGCCCCACUCUUCAUCCCUGCUGCUUUCCGGCAAGUGGAGGAUUUCUCACCUGAAUGGUGGGAACUAGUGAAAACUUCGACAUGGUUUCGUGACUAUUGGCUAAGCCAGUAUGAGGAUGAGGAUUUUGAAGGCAAUGCUGAUGAUGAUUUCGAGGCUGAUGAUUACAUUGCAAAUAUGCUGCCAGAAGCUUUUGAUCUUGGCAUUGUUGAAGAGUUCCCUACCGUGGAAGCUCAGUCCGAAGAAAUGGUCCCGUUGUCUGUAGGUGAAAGAAAAACUGGAUUGGAUUACAUUAUAGAUAUGCUGCCAGAAGCUUUCUUUGAUCACAUUGUUGAAGAGUUCCUUACCUUGGAAGCUCAUUCUGAAAAAAUGGUCCCGUUGCCUGAAGGUGUUAAAAUGGAUGCUAAAGCUUUACUGAAGAACCUGAGUGUAUCCAGAAUUCCUAACGAAAGAGGUCCCAAGUCUCCAGUAAGGCCUGCAAAGUACCAACAGAAGCCAGCCAAGUAUGUGAGCCCCAAAUGCUCUCCCAGACAGAUUCAUCAGCCUCGCUGAAAAGGUUCUCACGAAAUAUCAGGUUGCGACUCUUGCAAUUGCGUUGAAAGAUUGUUCUUUCUUCAAGUUAUGUUUUAUACAUGGGUUGCAUGCAACUCUUCAGUAUCUCAUGUUGUAGUGCGUUUUCCUUCUGCCCAGUUGGACAGCUUGACUAAAACUGUGUAAAAAGAAUGGUUCAACUGUUGAGAAGUUUGUAAAUAUUUCGAACUUUCCAUCUUCCUUGUGUUUAGUACUUUGUUAAAACA